AUGGAGAGCUUAACGAAAGACCCAUUUGUUUGGCCGUUGAAUGAAUCUUGGAAUAAUUCGAGCGGUAUAAACGAAACCAGAGUAGGGAACCAAACUUUGAACCCUCUAAAGCGUAACGAAGAGGUGGCUAAAGUUGAAGUGACUGUUCUGGUCCUGAUUCUGCUAUUUGCCUUGGCUGGCAACCUAUGUGUACUUCUCGCCAUUCACACAAGUAAGCACAGCCAAUCGCGGAUGUAUUUUUUCAUGAAACACUUGAGCAUAGCUGACCUAGUGGUGGCAAUCUUUCAAGUGCUCCCUCAACUUAUAUGGGACAUCACAUUUCGCUUUUAUGGACCAGACGUUUUGUGCCGACUGGUAAAAUACUUGCAAGUGGUGGGAAUGUUCGCUUCGACUUACUUGCUUGUACUGAUGUCAAUUGACAGAUGCUUUGCGAUUUGCCAGCCUCUGCGCUCCUUGCAACGCCGAAAGGAUCACUUCUACGUGGUUGCCUCAUGGAUACAGAGCCUCCUCUUUAGCCUUCCACAGGUGUACAUCUUCUCACUCAGAGAGGUCGGCAGUGGAGUUUACGACUGCUGGGGAGACUUCGUGCAACCGUGGGGUGCCAAAGCCUAUGUCACGUGGAUUAGUCUCACAAUCUACAUCAUUCCGGUGGCGAUUUUAAGUGUUUGCUACGGGCUGAUAAGUUUUAAAAUAUGGCAAAAUAUCAAACUAAAGACAAGAAGAGAUCAGUGCAUAUCGUUGACUCCUGGACCAGGGCACUGCACCGCGCUGUCGUGCGUCAGCAGUGUGAAGCUUAUCUCCAGGGCGAAAAUUAGAACUGCGAAAAUGACGUUUGUGAUUGUGCUGGCUUACGUCAUUUGCUGGACGCCGUUCUUCAUCGUGCAGAUGUGGUCAGCUUGGGAUCCUAUGGCACCAAGAGAGGAAAUGGCAUUCAUCAUUGCCAUGUUGCUGGCUAGCCUGAACAGCUGUUGUAACCCCUGGAUCUACAUGUUCUUCGCUGGUCACCUGUUCCGGGACUUGCUGCAUCGCUGCCUAACGAUGUCACACUGUGGCUGUGGGGAGCAACAGCAGCAGAGUCCGAAAAGCCACUCCAUUGGCAUGGUGAUGAGUCAGAGGAACCUGACCCAGACCUCAACAACAUGA